AUGACAGAGUUUCGACAACAUUCAAACAUCGGUGGGUAUGACAGAGUCUUUUCCAAUUUAAGUGGGCCUACAUCAGGGAUCAGCACUAAGUCCUUUCAUUUUUACGAAACUAAGGAGAAGGCUAACAGAAAUUGGAAGAGUGAAGGGAAGCCUUGGAGGGUAAGGGGGUUGCGUAUAAGCCGUACAAAGAUAGAAUACUUGCGAUGCGACUUCAGUAGGAAAGAAUCGAUAGGGGAGCCAGAGGUGAUCAUAGGGGGAGAAGUUGUUGCAUGUGCGUCCAAGUUUAAAUAUUUGGGAUUGGUGAUCCAGACCAAUGGGGAGAUUGAUAGAGAUGUUUUUAAUCGUAUAAAGAGGAUGGAAGUAACAGAAAUGCGUAUGUUGAGGUGGAUAUGUGGUAAAACUAUGAUGGAAAGGAUAAGAAACUUGGAAUUCAGGGAGAAGUUAGGGGUUGCACCUCUCUCUGCUAAGAUGCGAGAGAACAGGUUGAGAUGGUUUGGGCAUGUGCAGAGAAAGACCCAUGACGCUCCAGUAAGAAGGAUCGAAUGCAUCAUAGUGGAGGGCAAGAGAAGCCUAGGAAGUGACCUGCAUGAACUCCACCUUUGUAAGGACCUGAUGACCAGGGAUAGAGCCAGUUGGCAGCGCCUUAUCCACGUCUUAGAUUACUAG